AUGGCUUCUUCUUGCAGGACUGGAUUCUUUCUGGAAAAAGAGGAAGAAGAGGAGGACGAGGGACAGCUGAUGGAUUAUUAUAAGUAUCGACGACUACAUGAUACGCCAGAUGACGAUGACUUGGAGCCGACGCCAUCUACCUCACAAUAUGACCUGAACACGCAGAUUGUCGACGGCUCGACGUCGUCUACAGAACCUGAUGGGGAUGAGGAUUUCGACCCAUUCCUUGCCGACAAUCCACCACAGGAGACACGGCGAGAAUUUUUGACGCGCCAAUACCGUAACAUUGUCCAUUUCUUCGUGGAAGAUUGGUUCCUCUCCGGCGUCCUGGGCGUUAUAACGGCCGUUUUAUCGAUAACAACAGAUGUGGGAAUCGAAUAUUUACAGCACUUCAAAAUCGUCAGCUACGAGUACUUCAAAGCGACAAGUGUCUACAGCGGAUUUGCGGCAUGGGUACUUUUCCUGGUGAUCUGCGUCUCGAUAGCCGGCCUGAUAUGUCAUGGCAUCUCCAAACAGGCCGUCGGCUCCGGAAUCCCUGAAGUGAAGGUCAUCAUGGCCGGGUUUGCCAUGAAAAAUUACCUCACCUUUCGGACGCUGGUUGCCAAGAUUUUGGCGCUGGUUUUUACGCUUGGGUCGUGUUUGCCCGUCGGGAAGGAGGGUCCAUUCGUGCAUAUGGGUGCAAUCGUAGCCUCGCUAUUAAGCCGAAUGACCUCAGCCUGCACUUAUAAUGCCUUUUUCUCAAACGAGGGCCGCGCGAUGGAGAUGUUGUCAUCUGGAUGUGCCGUCGGAAUCGCGUGCACAUUUUCCGCACCGGCCGGAGGUGUACUGUACGGGAUUGAAUCAACCUCGAAAUAUUUCGCGAUCAAGAACUAUUGGAGGGCCUUCUUCGCCACAACCUGUGCAGCGGUCAUUUUUCGAUUUGCGAUGGCCUUCAUCCUUCCACAACAUAUCGCGGGCACAAUCACGGCCUACUACCAGACAUCAUUCCCAAAUGAGGUGUUUGUCAUCGAGGAGAUUCCGUUCUUUGCGCUGCUUGGCGUAAUUUGCGGGCUCUUGGCGGCGGCUUUUAUCUGGUUGAAUCGGCAAAUGGCAACACUUGUACGCAGGAAUAAGACUUGUCGAGCGAUUUGGACCAAAAGUCCAAUCCUCUACACAGCUCUGUGGACAGUCGUCGUGGCGGUGCUGACAUUCCCAGAUGGAUUGGGGCAGUACUGUGGAGGCAAAUUGACAUUCCGAGAGGCCCUCAUCGACUUUUUAUCCAACUGCACAUUUACGUUGCAUAAUGCGGCUGAGCACGGUUGUCCACAAUCCGUGGUUGACCACUGGACGCGCAGCGGUUCAACCGGUCAAUAUGAUAUGGUGCUGACGCUGGCCGGUUUUCUGAUCGUCUAUUUCUUCCUGAUCUCAGUGUGCAUCUCGCUUUACGUUCCUUCCGGAGUAUUCGUCCCCUCAUUCGUCGUUGGCGCGGCCCUCGGUCGUCUCCUCGGCGAGCUGAUCUCGAUGUGGUGGCCGGAGGGGAUUCGAGGGAUGGAGAGUCCACAGAUAUUCCCCGGGCUCUAUGCCGUUGUCGGCGCUGCUGCCUAUACGGGUGCUGUCACGCAUUCCCUCUCAUUGGCUGUGAUCGUGUGCGAAACUACCGGUCAAUUGUGUGCCCUGUUGCCUGUAUUGAUAGCCCUAAUGAUAGCAAAUGCAAUUUGCGCCUUCAUCUCUCCCUCCAUCUACGAAUCGACGAUCUCCAUCAAGGGCUACCCCUAUCUAGCCGACUUGCCCCCAUCCCGUAUCUCGGUUCACACGUUGAAAGUGGAGCGAAUCAUGGUGAAGGAUAUCAUCUACAUCACAAAGGAGACGACCUACCGGGAAUUGAGGGCCAUCCUUCUCGAGACGACAAAUCUCAAGAGCUAUCCGUUCGUCACCGAUAAAGUGUCGAUGACAUUGCUUGGAUCGGUGUCUCGAAAGUAUCUGACCCACCUGCUCUUCAAGAAACUUGGCCCUGAUGAUGCAUUCGCCUCGAAACGUCGUUCGUUCAACGCCAGCGAGCUGCUGCACACCCUUAGAAACCGCAGCUCGACAAACCUCCUCGGGAUGGGCACUCGAAAUGGACGCGAACAACCCCCGAGCCGAAAUUCAUGGACGGCUGGAAUUCUGACAGAUCGUAGCAUCUCGGGAAAUACCCUGCUCGCCCAUUCGCCCCUUCAUGAAAAUGGACUACACAGCGCUCCGCUAGCCAAUCUGCUGAUGAAUCAAAAUGAACAACCAGAAGCACAAGUGCGUACAAUCGCGGAACGAGCCGCUCUUUUUGCGUCACCGUUGGAUUUGCAUGGGGUGGCCAUUGAUCCAGCACCAUUCCAGAUUGUGAAGGGAUGUUCGCUAUAUAAGGUGCAUACCCUAUUCUCGCUGCUUGCCCUCAACCACGCCUACGUGACGGACAAGGGUCGAUUGGUGGGAGUGGUGGCUGUCAAGGAGCUACGCGCAGCCCUUGCCAACAUCUACACCCGUGGUGCUGUUGCCCCGAGAAGGAAAAUCGGAGCCAGCAAUAUCUCCAUCAACAACCCACAAAACGGAAAUGGUGCUCCAGCGGCGGUGGCGCAAACAGCUAUCGACGAGACGCGGCAAAAGGACGAUGAUAUUUCUUCAUCUGAUGACGGUCACCUGACGAUAAAGGCUGGCCACGUAACCGUAUCCCGAGAUGGACCCCCGGAUGUUGCCCGGGAUCCUGAUAACCACCAAUUCGAUGCC